AUGACGCGGCUGCUCGCGUUCGCCGCUGCUCUCACGGUCGCAAGGGCCCUCGCGCCGCCGCGCCAGACCCUGAGCCGCUUCAUGCUCGAGCAGACGCGCGUCGACGGCGAGCGCCAGGAUCUGGAGGCGCUGAUGGGGUCCAUCCAGAUGGCCUGCAAGACGAUCUCCGCGCUCGUCCAGCGCGCGGGCCUCGCGGACAUGACGGGCUACCGGGACGACGGCAAUAUUAAUGUCCAGGGCGAGGAGCAGAAGAAGCUCGACGUCAUCACGAACGACGUCCUGAAAGACGCGCUCGGCUACGGCGGCCGGGUGGGCUUGGUCGCGUCGGAGGAGGAGGACCUGCCCGUGUUAGUCGAAGAGACGCUCGAGUCGAAGUACGUCGCCGUCUUCGACCCCCUCGACGGGUCGAGCAACGUCGACGCGGCCGUGGCCACGGGCACGAUCUUCGGCAUCUUCGAGCUCGACGAGACGUGCGGCUUCUCCGCGCCCGACAGCACGUCGAACUCGACGACCCUCGACGACCGGGAGACGCGCUGCCUCCUCAGCGCGCUCCAGCCCGGGCGGUCCCUCGUCGCCGCGGGCUACUGCAUGUACUCGAGCUCGACGAUCCUGGUGUUCACGUGCGGCGACGGAGUCAACGGCUUCACGCUGGACCCGAAGAGUAACGAGUUCGUGCUCUCGCACGCGAACCUGACGGUGCCGGCGACGGGGCCCUACUACAGCUUCAACGAGGGCAACGCGCCCCACUGGGACGGCGCCGUCGUCGAGUACCUCGACGGGCUGAAGCGGGAAAAAGGCUACUCGGCGCGCUACAUCGGGUCCAUGGUCGCGGACGUGCACCGGACGCUGCUCUACGGCGGCGUCUACGGCUACCCGGCCGACGCGAAGAACGCAAACGGCAAGCUGCGCCUGCUCUACGAGGCCGCGCCGAUGUCGUUCAUCGUCGAGCAGGCCGGCGGCCGCUCCACGACGGGCGCGGAGCCCAUCAUGGCCAUCGUGCCGGACCACGUCCACCAGCGCGUGCCCGUCUUCCUCGGGUCCCGCGACGACGUCGCCGACCUCGAGGCGACCUACGCGCGGCAUAACGGGACGCCUUAG